CAAUUUCCAUUUGACCCAGGCAGAGACAUAAAUAUUUCCAACCCCAUUCCACUCAAUAAAUUAACAAGAGGAAACAAAAACCCAGUGAAACACCUGAUUAUUUAUGCAAACUAAUUCUCUUUUAUUUCUUUCAGAAUCUUUGCCUUUCACUAGUAAUCUUUGUCCUCUCUCUUCUCCUCAUUCUUCCCCUCUUUCACACUUACAAGAUCAGUAGCUUUUAAUUUCUUCAAUUAUUAUGGUCAUUUGCUCAUCAAACUGAAGUGGGUUUUUUCUUUUUUCAGAAAGUUCUGCUGCUGAGUGCUGAAUGAUGCUGGGUUUCCUUGGGAGUUUUCAUGUAUUGAAUUUGUAUUAUGAGGGAGAAAGGGUAAGAUGGGGAGCAAAUCAAGGAAUCUUCUUCAUUGGGUUCUCUUGAUUGUUGUCAUUUUUUCACCAGUUUACGGAUUGACAGGAUCUCCUUCACAGCCUUCAAUAGUACAGCCACCAAAAUUUGAGGCUUCAACCCUCAACAUUCAGACAGAAAUUACGUCCGUGCCACCGAGCACUAUCCCAGAAUCUAGCAAGGAACAUAACAGGCUCCAACACGAAGCACCAGCCACGAACUCUCCAUUCAAGUUGCCACCCCCUCCAGGCCCAGCGUCUUCUCCUAAAAUCCAUGGGAAGAAAGGAGUUCCUGUUGCUGCGCCACUAAAAGAAUUAUCAAGCAUUCUGACCCCUUUGAACCAUUCAAACAAUAAAGGAGUUUCUCCAGUGCCAAUACCUGCACCCUCUGAAGCGAAGGCGACCUUGGAUAUUACUGAAGGCCCUCUUGUUUCACCUUCACGUUCUUCAGCAUCUUCUUUUAGGAUGAGCCCUAUACCAAAUGCGCAUGCUCCUUUAGCUUCACCUCUCCAACCUUCAGCAUCAUCUCCAGUAAACCCCUCAAAUAUUACACUUUCUCCUCCUCUGCCAUCAAAUCUCUAUCCUUCAGAAUCUCCUCCAGCAAUAAGUCCUGCACAAAAUGAAGUGAACAAUUCCUCAGAGACUACAAAUACACCUUCUGCUUCCCAUUCAAAUAUCACAGAUGAUGCUCCUCAUUCGAAUCUGCUUCCUUCAGAAUCUUCUCCCAUUAUCAGUCCUAGUGCACCAGAAGUGAAGGAGCCAUCAAAUAACACUGUUUCUCCUCCUCCGAAAUCUUUUCCUGCUAUAAGUCCUACACUACCUGAAGUAAAAAAGCCCAUAAACACUACUACUUCUCUUCCUACACAUCCAAUCCCUUCAGAAUCUUCUCCUAUGAUAAGCCCAACACCACCCCAAACAAAGGAUCCAUUAAACACUACACAUUCUCCUCUACCUUCACAUCCACUCCCUUCCGUUUCUUCUCCCUUUACAAGCCCUAGUCCACAUCAAUUGAAGGAGCCCUCAAACAUUACACAUUCUCCUCUUCCUUCAAAUCCUCUCCCGUCAAUAUCUUCUCCUGAUGUAAGUCCUACUCCCCCUGAAGUGAAGGAGCCUUCAAACACUACACUUUCUCCUCUCCCUUCACAUCAACCUCCUUCAUCAUCCUCUCCAACAAUAAGCAAUCCUCUCCCGUCAAUAUCUUCUCCUGGUAUAAGUCCUACUUCCCCUGAAGUGAAGGAGCCUUCAAACACUACACAUUCUCCUCCCCCUUCACAUCAACUUCCUUCAUCAUCCUCUCCAACAAUAAGCUCUUCACCCCAUGAAGGGAUAAUUCCCUCGAAUACUACACAUGCUCCUUCAGCUUCAAAUCCAAAGCCUUCAAAUGUUACACAUUCUCCUUUACCUUCACCGCCCAUUCCUUCGGAGCCUUCGCCACUGAUAAGCCCUUCACCGCAUGAAGUAAAGGAUCAUUCAAAUACAACACAUUCUCCUUUAAAGGAUCACUCAAAUACAACACAUUCCGCUUCUCCUUCAGCUUCGGAUCCUAAUCCUUUGAGAAUAUCUCCAACAAUGAGCCCCACCCAACAUGAAGUGAAUAAUCCAUCAAAUAUCACUAGUUCUCCUUUAGCCUCACAUUCGAAACCUUCACUCUCUCCUUUGCCUUCAAAAUCUUCUCCAGAGAUAAGCCCGACACCUGAUGAAGAGGAGCCAUCAAAUUCUACACGCUCUCCUUUGCCUUCACCUCAUCGUCCUUCAGUAUCUUCACCAUUGUUAAGCCCCAUGCCACAUGAAGUAAAAAACCCCUCAAAUGUUACUCAUGCUCCUUCGCCUUCAUAUCCUCAUCCUUCAUCAGAAAGAAUUCAGACCCCUGCAUUGGCACCAACAGUUCCUCAGCACAGUGCUCCACUUGCUCCCUCUCUACCAUCAUCACAUGAUGCAGGUCCAAUAAUCUCUCCAGCUACUCCACAUAUUCCUGCAGCAUCUCCAAGCUAUAAGGGAAGUGAAGACUCUCCUCCACCCCAUUCUCAAGUCCCUUCACUUUCUCCGGCUGAAGCUCCUCUUCCUUCCAAGAAUACAAAAGUACCACAUGCUCCUUCACCCGCAUCCGUGGUUCAUUCACCACAUAACAAACGUAAAUCUUCAUGGCCUACUCAUCCUCCUACUCUUCCUCCCAUUCUUCCUCCUCGGUCCUCCAGGAAGUCAAGGGCACCGCCACCACAAGUUGUGUGGGCAUUACCACCCCCACCACCUAAUUUAGAUUGUAAGCUGUUAUCAUGCCAAGAACCAGUUACAUAUCCUCCUCCUGGAUCCUUAUGUGCAUGUGUCAGGCCGAUUAAAGUUGGCCUCCGAUUAAGCAUAGCACUGUAUACAUUCUUCCCUUUGGUCUCUGAGCUUGCCCAAGAAAUCGCACCAGGAAUUUUCAUGAAACAGAGUCAGGUUCGGGUCAUGGGAGCAAAUUCUUCUAGCGAGGAUCCUGGGAAGACUAUUGUCCUCAUUGAUCUGGUGCCUCUUGGUAGCACGUUUGACUUCAAUACAGCAUUAAAAAUUUAUAGCAGGUUUUGGCAUAAGCAGGUCAUCAUAGAAUCCUCGUAUUUUGGGGAUUAUGAUGUAUUAUAUGUUCUCUACCCAGGCCUUCCUCCAUCCCCACCAACACCUGGAGAUGUUAGUAUUGAUGGUGGGCCUAAUGGCGGAAAUGCAAUGACAAUGAAACCUCUUGGUGUCAAUGUGAAAAAGAGAAAACAAAAACUCAGCAACAGCUUAGUAGUUAUUAUAGUGCUAGUAUCUGUUGUUGUAGUAGUUAUUACUAUUGGAGCGGCAUGGAUUCUGAUAUUAAGAUGUAAAAACCGUUCUAAUCAACCUCCACCAACAUCUCAACAAGAAGUCUCUCCAUCUGCUAAGGCUGCAGGGGCUGGACCACCGAACCCUGGAAGUGGGCCCAGUUCUACAUCAGCUUCCUUCACCUCGAGCAUUCCAGCUCACACUGGAUCAGCCAAAACCUUCAAUCUAGCUGAAGUAGAAAGAGCGACAGAUAGAUUCAAUGAUUCAAGAAUUAUUGGCGAAGGCGGUUUUGGCCGAGUUUACCAGGGAACUCUUGAAGAUGGGACCAUGGUGGCCGUGAAGGUCCUCAAGAGAGACGAUCAGCAGGGCGGACGUGAAUUCCUGGCAGAGGUAGAGAUGCUUAGCCGCUUGCAUCACCGGAACUUGGUUAAGUUGAUAGGUUUUUGCACGGAAGAGAGUGCCCGAUGCCUUGUUUAUGAACUCAUCCCAAAUGGUAGUGUGGAAUCCCAUCUUCAUGGAUUGGACAAGGAAACUUCUCCACUUGAUUGGAAUGCACGAAUGAAGAUUGCACUUGGUGCAGCUCGUGGUCUAGCCUAUCUUCAUGAAGACUCGAGCCCUCGUGUCAUACAUCGAGAUUUCAAGUCUAGUAAUAUCUUGCUAGAGCAUGAUUUUACACCAAAAGUGUCUGAUUUUGGAUUGGCAAGAACAGCUCUGGGUGAGGGAAAUGACCAUAUCUCCACUCGUGUUAUGGGGACUUUUGGUUAUGUUGCCCCCGAGUAUGCAAUGACGGGACACCUUCUUGUCAAGAGCGAUGUUUACAGCUACGGAGUCGUCCUUCUCGAGCUCCUCACCGGUCGCAAGCCAAUAGACAUGUCACAACCUCCUGGUCAAGAAAACCUCGUCAAUUGGGCCCGCCCUCUUCUAGAGAGCGACAAUACCGACGGUCUAGAAAAAAUGAUCGAUCCAUCUCUAAGUUCAAGCACUUCAGUGGAGACCAUAGCAAAAGUCACUGCCAUUGCAUCAAUGUGCGUGCAACCCGAAGUCUCUCAUCGCCCAUUUAUGGGUGAAGUGGUGCAAGCACUAAGACUUGUGUGUAAUGAGAGUGGAGAGCAUAGAAGAUCAUUUAGUUUGGAUGAUUCUUCGACUAAGGACUCUGAUAUUAGAAUUAGUGCAGGGUCGGGGUUUGAAGAUGAGAGAGUGUUCUCAGAAUCUAAUAUAUAUUUUGCGCCGUCAGGGUUUGGUAAAGAUACAUCAGGCUCUUUUCGGAGAUAUUUUAGCUCUGGACCAUUGAAGAUGGGAAGAAGCGAGGAGUUGUGGGAGAGAGAGAGAGGGUUUUCAUCAGGGAGCAUGAUGAAGAGAGGGAUGAUGGUUCAUAGGUCAAGGUUAGAUUUGGAGCGUGGAGAGCAAUGGGCAUAGAAAUGAAAAACUUGGAGAUGUUCUCUCAGAGAAUUAGCUCGAAAGGAGUUUGGUCAUGAAUUGCUCGUUCAUCAACACUAAAGCUGAAAUUUUUUGGUCGGAAAGCAGCUGGAAAGGCAUCAGCUCGAUUUUGUCCGCACGUUUGAAGAUAUCUGGGCAUUGAAGUUCAUUUUGCAAGUUUUAACCCAAUUGAUGAAUGUAUUCUAUUAUCCGGAUCAAGGUUGCCGAGGCUUGGGGAGCAGACAUCUUUCAUGUAAGAAUGAAAUCGAAAUAAAGAUGGUAUUCUUUUGUAAUUUGUAGAUUUUUGUAACUCAGUUUUUUCGUCUAUUGUUCCUGUAAAUUUAUAGUUUGUAGAAGGUUAGAGUUCCCGGUUACCUAAUAAUAUAAAAUUUCAUUUGUACUCCA